CGGCGAUGUGUUUUUCGUGCAAAUCAUAAAAAACAAAAUGGUGUCGACUUGAUUCAAUGUUUUUCUGCAUAUUUACGCACGAUCGCAUGGCGUAAUGCGAUUACGAGCGUAUCCGUUGUUGGGAGGUAAUGAAAGUGAAUUGAAGCGGUCGAGUAGGAUGUGAUUUCCCGGCUCGGAGGAGGAUCGAUUUUAACUUGGAAAAACUACAGAAAACGUAGAAAUGAACGUGAACCUGUUGCUUUGGCUCUGUGGGGUGGGAUUGUCGAAUCGCUAGUUUAGCAAAUCCUGUUUUUCUGCAUUAUGAGGGAAAUGGUAGGAGGCUGUUGUGUUUGUUCUGACGAUAGAGGCUGGUCUGAAAAUCCACUUGUUUAUUGCGAUGGGCAAUCUUGUACUGUAGCCGUACAUCAAGCUUGUUAUGGUAUUGUAACUGUUCCUACUGGUCCUUGGUAUUGUCGUAAAUGUGAAAGUCAAGAGAGAUCUGUUAAAGUGAAAUGCGAAUUGUGUCCCAGCAAAUAUGGCGCUCUCAAACGGACAGACAACUCGGGAUGGGCGCACGUCGUCUGUGCUUUGUAUAUUCCAGAGGUUCGAUUUGGAAACGUUACUACUAUGGAACCAAUCCAGCUGCAAUUGAUCCCUCCAGAGAGAUUCAAUAAGCUUUGUUAUAUCUGCGAAGAGAAAGGUAAGCCAUCCAAUGCAACAGUAGGUGCGUGUAUGCAAUGCAAUAGAGUUGGAUGUAAGCAACAAUUCCACGUAACUUGUGCUCAAGGUUUGGGUUUACUUUGCGAAGAAGCCGGCAAUUAUUUAGAUAACGUCAAAUAUUGCGGCUACUGCCAGUACCACUACAGCAAAUUAAAAAAAGGAGGCAACGUAAAAACGAUACCUCCGUACAAGCCCGUGUCCGAGGCCCACAAUUCGGACUCGAACUCCGAAAGGGAGCCGGACAAUAGCGCCCCGUCCAACUCCAAAACGGGCGUAUCUCCCCCUUCGUCUGGCAAAAGGAAGGCUCUGCAAGGCGGCGCCAAACCGCCCGCGGCCAAAAACGCUUCGAAAGGCGUCGCGAACCAGCAGCAGAAGGGCUACGGCAAAAACGCCAACGAAAAGGGCGGCAGGAGCACCUCGACGGCCGCCAAAAGUGCUAAAAGUGACGAAAACGCUAGUGCGGAAGUUAGUGAUAAGAAAGAACCCGAUAGUGAACAACAACAACGCGACAAAGACUCCAAAGACGCUAAAGGUUCGUCGAAGAAACGCAAAGUUAAUUCGAGGACGCCGACGCCGGUCUCCGUAACGCCCAGUGAGGUCAGCGUGACGGCCGUUUCUAGUACAAGCACUACGACUACUGUUAAUGCUAUCAGUAGUUCAGCGAAUACUGAUAAAAAAGCCAGUAGUAGCUCGGAGCCUGACAAAAUUAAAAAGGUAAAAGUGGAAACGACCCAAUCGAUAUUAUCCAAUCAACCUGUGGUAGCUCUAACGUCCAUAUCCUCGAUAAAAACGGUUUCGCCCGUCGUUACCGUCGAAACCACCACAACCACCAGUACGGACACGGUGGUCUCGACGUCUUCGGUCGUCCAGACAACGUCCCAAGUACAUUCCCAAUCGCUCGUCGUCUCCGUUCCCCUCGUUAACACGAGCCUCAGUCCGCACAAAGGCGUUAUCAGCAGUCAAAGUACGGUCAGUUUGAUCCCCGUUGCUCCAGAACGAACCGCCAGCCAGUCGGCUACGCCGGUGAUAUCGGAAAACUUGAACAUGAUAGGCGGCAAUAGCAAUCAAGAUAUGUUGACUCCCGAGAUGAAUACGGGUGGGCUCAAAAUCGUCUACGAGAAACAAGUGGAUUCGAUUAACACGGAGGUCGAUAUGGAAAUCGAGCACGAUAUCGUCCCUUCUUCUAACGUUGAAGUACCUGCGAAACGAGGAAGAUCUCAAUCCCAAUCGAACGAGAAGGCCGAUCGGGCUAAUCGCAACAAGAAACGAAACAGCACGGGCAGCUCGAAUUCGAAUCCCCUACCCGCUCCCGUUAUUAAUAACGUCGCGUCGAAGAAGUUGUCUCGCAUGCACGUUACGCCGCCGCCGGAAUCCCCCGGAGCUUUCAGUUCCAUUACGCAGGCGCAAAUCAAGGACUCGCCUCCCAGCAGUCCCAGCUCGGAGAGCCAAAGUCUACCGUCGACCACGGGCUCUCGAAGAUUGAGGACUAGAAAAAGCGAUCCGAAGGAAUCUAAGGAUGUUAAAAUAUUCCAAAAUGGCCUUUCUGCGCCUCACAUGCUGGGUAACCAGUUGAAUCCCAAUUCCACCAUGCAUUCGAAAAUGAGCGAUCAUCUCAGUAACGAAUUGGAAGCGCAUAGUAUAUUCAAUCCCCAUGAACAUGGUUCUAGUCUCGUAGGACCCCAGUUGCACCAUCGAGUAUUGCAAUCUGCGAGAGCGAGCAGUACCGCUUCCAGUACCGCUUCGGGCGGCAGUAGCGGUUUAUCGAACAUGCUAGGCGGAGGCGGCGGCAAUAUUCCCCAAACACUAGAUCAAUUGUUAGAAAGACAAUGGGAGCAGGGCUCCCAGUUUCUCAUGGAACAAGCUCAACAUUUCGAUAUAGCUUCUCUUCUGUCGUGUUUGCAUCAACUUCGAGCGGAGAAUUUGAGGUUAGAAGAACACGUCAGCUCGCUGAUCCAACGGAGGGACCAUCUGCUGGCCGUCAACGCUCGAUUAGCAAUUCCCCUUACCGGCCAACCGGCGGCGGCGCCGCUGUCGUCCCAUCCCCAUUCCGUGAACAACAUUCAUCCGUCUGUGGCCGCCGUUCACGGGGAGGUGCCCCGAUCUUCCCGGCAUAGCGGCGGUGCGUCCGGAUACCCCACUCACCCCCAGGCAUCGGCCCAACAUCCUCCCAUGGAGAACGGGUUGCCGCCGGACGCGUACUCGACCAGUACGCAUCGCAGUCGAAGUCCCGGAAAUCGACAGAGUCCUAAUAUGAGAAAUUCACCAGCGGGAGCGUACCCCAAUAGUAGUUUGCACAGACAAAAUGCAGAUAGUAGCGGACGUUCAGCGCCCCGACCGCAACCUUAUCCAUUGUACGAUAGGCCGGGGCCCUCUGCACAACAACAGAUGGUAAUACGAAGAGAUAGGGGCGACAGAGACCCUGACAUGUUUCACCGGUCGUCCUCGAACCCCAGCUGAAAUAUCGUUGAUCCUUCGUUUAGUAUUACUAGAUUGCUAGACUUGCACUGAGACAAAUCAUUUAGUGGUAACAGUAAUUGUAUAAAGGAGACGAUGAUUGAAAUUUUGUGUUCAAUUCGAUUUUGCUGGUAACUGGUAGAAUCGAUAUGUUACGGAUAAAGCUGGAUAUAAACGACUAAACCUAGGUUUAACAGGGUAAAGUGCGAAAUACACAAGAAACAGGUAGGGUAAGGUAGGGCAGCGAAGGUUUUUUGGGUUUCUUGGGUUCUACCCUACCGGCAUUUCGCACUUUACCCGGGUAAACCUAGGUUUAGUUGUUUAUCUAACUUUACCCGUAACAGAUAUAUUAUGGUUUGAUUGUAACCUUUUCUAUUGAGACUUAAACGCCGAUUUUAAUCGGUAGGCGAUACGAUUGAUCGAAAUUAUUUUCAUUUCGAUGAUUUAUCGAGGCUGAUUGUAAACUCGGAUGCCAAAUAAAAUAUUUGAUUGUGUUCAUUUCGGAUCGGCGCGUGCGCGUUCAAGGAAUCAAGAAACUCCUUUACAGUUUUUUGAAGUUGUAUAUAGUUUUUUGUUUAAUUAGAUAUAUUUUCGUUUUAAAACCAAGUUAUUUUUAAUCGAUUUAGUUGUUUCGAAGCUUUUUUUUUUCGUCCAUACUU